GCCAUUGGUGUCUGUGUCAUUACUAAUAGAGUCUUGUAAACACUCGUUAAUCACGGAAGGUCGUCGGUCUGGGGCUCCGCAAGCCAGCCUGUGGCGGGUCUUCUCCGCCUGUGCAGCCUAGUGGGAAGGAGGUGGGAAGAAAGAAGGAAGAGAAGGAGGGAGGGAGGAGACAGACCAGAGGGAGGGACCGCCUCGGAGGCAGAAGCGCGGAGAGGAGCCAGCGGAGCACCGCGGGCUGGGGCGCAGGCACCCGCCGCUCUUCACGUCCCCUCGCCCCUUCCCCUUCGCGCCCCCCGGCAGCCUCCAGCUUCCGUCCCCAGGCAGCAUGGUGAGGUCUGCUCCCGGGCUCUCGCCACCAUGUACGUGAGCUACCUCCUGGACAAGGACGUGAGCAUGUACCCUAGCUCCGUGCGCCACUCUGGCGGCCUCAACCUGGCGCCGCAGAACUUCGUCAGCCCCCCGCAGUACCCGGACUACGGCGGUUACCACGUGGCGGCCGCGGCUGCGGCGGCAGCGAACUUGGACAACGCGCAGUCCCCGGGGCCGUCCUGGCCGGCCGCGUACGGCGCCCCGCUCCGGGAGGACUGGAAUGGCUACGCGCCCGGGGGCGCCGCGGCCGCCGCUAACGCCGUGGCUCACGGCCUUAACGGGGGCUCCCCGGCCGCCGCCAUGGGCUACAGCAGCCCUGCCGACUACCACCCGCACCACCACCCGCAUCACCAUCCGCACCACCCGGCCGCCGCGCCUUCCUGCGCUUCCGGGCUGCUGCAGACGCUCAACCCGGGCCCUCCCGGGCCCGCCGCCACCACUGCCGCGGAACAGCUGUCCCCCGGCGGCCAGCGGCGGAACCUGUGCGAGUGGAUGCGGAAGCCGGCGCAGCCGUCCCUCGGCAGCCAAGUGAAAACCAGGACGAAAGACAAAUACCGAGUGGUGUACACGGACCACCAGCGGCUGGAGCUGGAGAAGGAGUUUCACUACAGUCGCUACAUCACCAUCCGGAGGAAAGCCGAGCUGGCCGCCACGCUGGGGCUCUCUGAGAGGCAGGUUAAAAUUUGGUUUCAGAACCGCAGAGCCAAGGAAAGGAAAAUCAACAAGAAGAAGUUGCAGCAACAGCAGCAGCCGCCGCAGCCGCCUCCGCCACAGCCUCCCCAGCCGCAGCCAGGUCCUCUGAGAAGUGUCCCAGAGUCCUUGAGUCCGGUGUCUUCCCUGCCUGGCUCUGUCCCUGGGGUUCUGGGGCCGACUGGGGGGGUGCUAAACCCCACCGUCACCCAGUGACCCACAGGGGUCUGCAGCGGCAGAGCAAUUCCAGGCUGAGCCAUGAGGAGCAUGGACUCUGCUAGACUCCUCAGGAGAGACCCCUCCCCUCCCACCCACCCACAGCUGGAGACCUACAAACCUGGCUCUCAGAGGAAAAACGGGAGCCAGGAGCAAGACAAGUGGGAUUUUGGGGCCUCAUGAAAUAUACUCUCCCAGAUUUUUACUUUUUGAAAGAGUCAUCUGGCUCUUUCUGCCACUGAGGAGACAGAAAGCGGCCACUGAGUUUCAUUCGGGACUGACAGAGCGUUGCCUGCACUGACCACACCAACGAGGCAAUCGGCCUCCUCCUCCCACCUCUUCCCCUCCUAGAUCUGCAGGCUGCCCCUCUGGUUGGAGCUGAGGGGAGAGAGGGACUCAGGGGAAUGGCAAGCUUGGGGCCAAGAUAGCUGCUGCCUGCUCAUGGCCAUCAGAGGUACAGCUGGGCCUCCUGCCUCCAGGCAGGCAAGGUUUAAACUGCAGAAGCCAAAGGCAGCUAAGAUAGAAAGCUGGACUGACCAAAGACUGCAGAACCCCCAGAUGGCCUGCGUCUUUUUUCUCUUCCCUUCCCAGACCAGGAAAGGCUUGGCUGGUGUAUGCACAGGGUGUGGUAUGAGGGGGUGGUUAUUGGACUCCAGGCCUGACCGGGGGCCCAAACAGGGACUUGUUUAGAGAGCCUGUCACCAGAGCUUCUCUGGGCUGAAUGUAUGUCAGUGCUAUAAAUGCCAGAGCCAACCUGGACUUCCUGUCAUUUUCACAAUCUUGGGGCUGAUGAAGAAGGGGGUGGGGGAGUUGGUGUUGUUGCUGCUGUUUGGGUUGUUGGUCUGUGUAACAUCCAAGCCAGAGUUUUUAAAGCCUUCUGGAUCCAUGGGGGCGAGAAGUGAUAUGGUGAAGGGAAGUAGGGGGGGUAUUUGAACACAGUUGAAUUUUUUCUAAAAAGAAAAAGAGAUAAAUGAGCUUUCCAGAUUUCAGAUUCUGUAUUUAUCUUCAGAUUUUGUCUGCAACUAUUUUUUUUUUUUAAGAAAUGAAAUAUCUUCUCUGCUUGCAAGUUGAUUUGGGAAAUUCAGAGAGGGAGUGGAGGUUAUCUGGACAGCCUCAUUUUACCCCAGAGCAUCAGAAGCCUGAAAGAGCAGGUUCUGAGACCUUCCCUGCCCCCAAGCCUGAGCCCAGCCUUGGAAUGCGUGGCUCUCCUAGGGGUGCCUUUGGGCGAAAUGCACAUCUGCACAGCCAGCUGCUUCCCAGCAGCCAGGAAUUAUGGGGGGUGGGGGUGAGAGGGCCCUUACAGCAUCUCACCAAAUCCACGCAGAAGCUUUUGCAAACAGCAGGCAGUUCCCUUCUGGAGGGACUCCCUCCUCUCUAAGGACACCCCAUAACUCAGCUAGUUAAAUGUGAGCAUUAAAUAAAUAAAUAAAUAAAAAAUCCCCCUACUUUCCCAAGACAGCAUUGCCAUAAAUUUAGUCUUAUGUAAAUCACUGGGCAUUUCCGUGAGCCCUUUCUGCCUCCACUCUCUCCUCUGUUCUGGAAGUUUCCUUAUCCCGGACUUCGUCCCUCUUUCCACCCAAUUACCUCCACAAACAAGAUUUCAAGACUCAAUAUAAAAUGAUCCUCUUAGUGACAGUUCCUUGUUAUCUGGCCGAUUCACUGGGGACCCGGCUGCAGCCUUUGAGAUUUUUGAUCCUGCAGGCCGCCGAGCUGAGCGUUCCCGGCAGGACCUGUGUGAGAGCGGCUUCGCCUUUGUUUCGGUCUUUCUACCAGCAUCCGAGAGCCUAAUCAGCGCGCUCAUGGAGGGGGGAAGCGCCUCAAGGGCAGCUUGGGAGGAUGAGCCGAGCAGGUAGAGACCCUCUGCAGCACCUCCCCAAUUCCGCAGCCCUUCCUGGUGGCGUUUGCAGCUCCAGGAUUGGGAAAGGGGUCCGGUGGUCCCGCCCGCGGGCGCCAGGCCUCGAAGCCAGAGGCCGGAGUGCGGGACGCGGGGGCGGGGGCUGCCGGGCGGACAAGGAAGCCAUGUCCCCGUCCGCUGGGCUAGGGGUCCCGGGUCAGGGCCGGUGUGAGCCCCGGUGCCCCGCGGGUCUCCCCGCGCCCCGGCCGCGCCCACACGCCCGCCCCCUAGCAGCAGCGGUUGCUAUGCGUUGCUGUGAAACGCCUGUCAAUAAACCCUGUUUGGACAGUGGAGCAAGACCACAUGGGCUGUUUGCUUAGUGGUCAGAGGUUCAAAAGUCGACAUUGUCCCGCUGCAAACGAUUACAAGUUCUUCCCCUUCCCGGGACUCGGUCCCCUUGCACGCGGGUCCAGGGCCAGGGAAAGGAGCUCGGCUGCUCUCUGACAUGCAAGCACCCGGCUCUCCUGGCAAGACUCCCGGGCCACGGUAAAAGGCGCAAAUCCAGGGCCCUAUCCGGCAAGCGAGGCCCCCGCGCUUCUAACGCCAACCGUGUCACCCCCGGGGCAAUACCUAUGGAGCAAGGGAUGUGGCACGAGUGGGGAGCGCGGCUCGAGGAGUUUAGGGAGGGCUGCAUAGGGGCGCCUGAGGUUAUUUGAGACCAGAUGACCUCGCAGCUCCUGGCGCCUUCAGCUCAGGGCUGGGGGCGGUGGCCUCCGAAUCCCACGCCUCCACUGGGUCCAGUAGUCCGCUCAGGCGCCAGAGGGCGCGCGCGCUCUGGGAAGAGAUGUGGCUUUGGCUGGUGGACCCGGAAAGGUUCCAGUUCAGUUGGGAGUUGCAAGCGCCUGCGCCUCUCGGGGCUCCCGCUGAGCCCAGACCCAGGCGCUGCAAGAUUUCCCCACGUUGGCCGUGGGCCUGUUUAAACUAAGUUCAAACUAAGCCAGACACGGGAUAUUCUUGGAUCUGUUGAAUGUUUAAGAAAAACAAAUUUGGCCGGGCGUGGUGGCUCACGCCUGUAAUCCAAGCACUUUGGAGGCCAAGAUGGACCGAUCACCUGAGGUUGGAAGUUCAAGACUAGCCUGACCGACAUGGUAAAACCCCAUCUUUAGAAAAAAAAAAAAAAAAAAGAAAGAAAGAAAGAAAGAAAAAGAAAGAAAAACAAAUUUAGGGGAGAGGGACUAUCUACCAUUCUAAAAGGGUCAUUUUGCACAAGGUAUUUUCUUUCUAAAAUUUACAGUAAUAUGAGCACAGUAUUAAUACAUGGUAAGACUGGGAAUUUGGGAUAAAUAUGGGAAUAAAAUAGGGAAUAAAACCUAUCGAUGUUGUGGAACUGAGGUCCAAAAAAAUAUUUAUGGGCCGGGCGCUGUGGCUGACACCUGUAAUCUAGUACUUUGGGAGGCCCAGGCGGGCAGAUCACUUGAGGUCAGGAGUUCGAAACCAGCCUGGCCAAUAUGGCGAAACCCCGUCUCUACUAAAAAUACAAAAAUUAGCCAGGCGUCGUGGCGUGCGCCUAUAAUCCUAGCUACUUGGGAGGCCGAGGCAGGAGAAUCGCUUGAACCUGGGAGGCGGAGGUUGCAGUGAGAUGACAUGGAGCCACUGCACUCCAGUCUGGGCAACAGAGAAAGACUCCUCUCAAAAACAAGGAAGCAAGCAACCAAGCAAGCAAACAAACAAAAAAGUAUUUAUGGAGAAUGAACGGCCUGAGUCUUUUCUCCCCUUUGUGAACAAUUUGUGGCUUUAUCAUAUCCAUCCAAUAAAGUUAACACGAUGGACUGUCAAUGAAAGUAACGGAUGUUUCAUUGCAAUGUGUUUCACUUCUUUCUAGUAAUAUCUAGAAAGAUGCCUACAUCAGUGAAGAAAACUAAUAUUAAAUAGCAAUCUAAAUAUACACAUAGCAAUAUUCUUGCUGUUGUUAUCCACAACCAUUCAGGAAAAAAUAAAAAAGAGAGAAAAGAAGUAGAAAUGAAAGAAGUCUCAACCACAGAAUGGCAAGAAAAGUUAUAUGUUUUUAGGGCCACCUUGCACCUCGUUUUAGAGACAGGUUGUUAUUUACCAGCUUACCCACCUUGGGAAGACCCCAGCCUCUGAGCUAUCACUUCCUCAUCUGUAACCUGAGGAGCCAGCGAGGUAAUGUAAGCCAAUGUAGCACUGUAUGCUUAUGACUAGACCCCGGUCACGAUAUGAGCUGCUUCUUGUACUGUAUUCUUCGAAGUGUUAGAGAGUCCUUACAAAGAGCUUUUGGGCAAGAUAAUUUCUGAAAUGAUAAUAGAAUAACCCCUUCCCAGAAUUUUUUUUUCUAAUGCAUUCAGCUUUGCUUACUUUGCCAAAAUUGCCUGAAGCCUGUUGUUUCUUGAUUGCCACUUCCUAAGCAUCUGCAUAAAAUCUUGAGUGGCAAGGCACAAAGUAGCAUUCCAGAUGUGGCGACCAGUUGCUGAUCUGUAUAACUUACUUGCCCUUUCAUUUACUAGAGGAGAUGUUCCCAACUAAAACAUCUAGUUUCUAAUCGUACUUAGGAGAAUCCAGAUUAGUUGAGGAUGUAGUUGAGAAUCUUCAUACAAUCCGUCAGCACACUCUAACCCAAAAGGAGCAGACAGGCAGAUACUCUAACUAGUUGGCAUUAAAAGUUUAUUUCAAGACAGUUUCCACCCCCAACACAUCAGUAUUAAUUCUGUACUCUUCGGGAGCCAUCCGGGAGGCUGCUGAGCUUUAAAUUCUCAAAGGCUUAUUCUUCCUUAGAUGUUGUUUUAAGAAAAGCGCUUUACUCUCAUCUCCAGAAUUCUACCUUACAAUAAAAUGACAGCAGCAGAUCUUGUAUGAAAUUGGUUUUGCUUUGGAGUAUAACAAAAACAUUCAUAUCUGAGUAAUGUAGAUUAAUCUGUAAAUAUUUAAAAUAAACAUUUAACUUAUCUUCUUAAUCACACUUAGACUGUACAAACUUUCAACCCCACAACUCCUACAUUCAGUCAGUUUUCCUUUGCCUUUUUUCCUUUUGCCUCCUGCUCUUCUUGGAGAGAGUGCACUAUGAUUUUAACAAAACAGGCAGAUUUUAGAGGUGGCAGUGGGGCUAGCUGUGUGACACUGGCCAGCACAGUCACCUGCUGUCUUCUUUCCUUAGCUACAAAUCAGAGGAAUACAUAUAUAAAACUAGAAAUAGUUUGUACAUAUAUAGACAUAUGUAUAAAAUAUGAUUUCCUAGAAGGUUAUGACAUCAGAUUUAGGAAUUCUCAAAUUCCAAAUAAAGAAAGUAGACUCUGUGAGUUCCAGAGAUUAUACCAACAUUUACCUUGACAUUCUUGGAGCAAUCAGUUCAGAGAAGGUGGGGGCAAGCACUUAGGUGACCUUUUGGCUCUAUGUCUCUAGUGCCCAAACAUGACAUUUGUUUUAACGACAGCUUUUCCCAAUUGGAAUUUGUCAUUAACCACAGUAGAUAUAGAUAAUAUCAUCCAGGUGGCCAGAGCCCCAAAGUUAAAUGACCAGUAAAGCAGAAUCCUGGUGAUUCUGUGCUAGAGAUCUAAUCCAUAAGCCACAACACAACCAGUUUUAAUCCAUGAAAAAGACUUCCCUGACAUGAAGUGAUUACCAAACCAUCCCUUCACACGCACAUUUACUUAAAAAUAAUAUUUAUAUCAUGUACUGGGUUUAUGUGUCCAAUAUUUUAUUGGUAAGUAAACCCCAGGCAGUUCAUGCAUUUUUAUAUUUGAGUUUUAACUUCAAAACUAAACAGGAUUUUUUUUUCUAAUUAUUCAUGCAUUAUCUCAGAACUCUGAGGAUUAACAGUCUGCUAUCAUCACACUUAGUAUCUGUAGUAUGAUGAUAGGUUUUAUGCAAAUAGAGGUUGAUAAGUUCCUCUCCAACCUCAGGGAAGCAAACAAAAACAAUGCAGAGCUUAAGUCAUUGUAGUACAAACUUACCGUGGCUUGUUAUGUGGCACUUAAAUAAUUUCAACUUAUUGAUUAGUAGAAUCAAGAACAAGGAUUACAUACUUAAACCACAGAUUAGGAGUUGUUAAAAAUGACCAGGGCAGGCUUUGUUUUCUACUCAUGAAAUACACUUUGGGUAUUGUUUUUUCACUCUGUGUACCUAUUAUAUUUAAAAAACAACAGCUACAACAAAACUUAACAGAACUAGAUUCUAUUUUCAGUUUUCACCUGGCCCUCUAAGUUCUAGACAGAAGCAGCUCAUGUCAUGAUUGGGGUCUAGUCAUAAGCGUACAAUGUGACACUGGCUUACACUACCUCAGUGGAUCCCCAGGUUACAGAUGAGGAAGCAGUAGCUCGGAGGUUGGGGCCUUCCCAAGGUCAGUAAAUUGGUAAAUAGCAACCUGUCAGACGGGCCCUAAAAAACAUAACUUUUCUUGCCAUUCUGUGGCUGAGACUUCUUUAAUUUCUCCUUGUUGCCUGUUUUGUUCCCCUGGGUGUUCGUGAAUAACAACAGCACGAUUAUUGCUGCGUGUAUAUUUCUGUGCAUUGCCAGAAACAAACAGAAAAAAGACAUAAAUAUGUCAGAACCAAAGACUACUGUCUAGUAACAAUAUAGAAAUACAGAAAACUGUAGAAAAAAUAAAAAGACUGUCUGGAAUCCACACAUAAAAAAUUAAAACAUUAUUUUUCUCUUGGACCACUUUAUUUAAAAUAACUCAUAUUUUAGAAAUCCACAUUCUUGUAUUUAUUUUCAUUCAUUCCUAUUAUCAUUUUCAUCAUAUCUAUGAAUUUUACAUAAACAUCUUUACACUUUCAGAUCGCUGUUAGUGAUAUAUUGUUUGUUAUGCACAUGGCACGUUAGACAAUGAUUCAGAUUUUGGUAACUGGAGAAUGACAGUUUUUGGGUGUGAUCACAAGUCUACAGAAAACCAACAAUUGACAUUUAUUUCUCAUUUCUACAGAGAAGUGAGAGUCUUGACAUGUCAUAAUCCAUCCAGUAUUAUGAUUGGUCCUCUUGGGUGGAUAUCUGACCGGAAUGGGAAACUAAAAAGCGGUUCAUCAAAUGAGCAUGCCACGUGAAGCUGUUCAGUGGCCACCAGACGGCGCGGCCUGACACCUGGGCAAACGCGGUCUCCCUUGGAGCCUGGUUGCGCCCUAAGGCCGGGUUCCAUCUAGUCUCCGACAAGACACUUCCUGAUUUGCCCCUCGCCAGACUCUAGCAAUUUCCCGGGUCCCCGGGAACCCGAUUUCGCCUCUGGGCUUCCAUGAUUAGUGGCGGCUGGAGCGCUGCUCCCCAACCUGGGCCCACUUUGGGGUGUGUGGAGCAGGGAGGAGGGUGGGAUCACUCUUAAUCUCGUGUCACAGCUAAAUAAUUUACUCAAGGUCUUCUCUUCCUGCCAAUUCCCUUCCCUUUUCCACUGCCCUUGACUUCCUGCUUUUGAAGCCCCGGGGAGAGAAAGGCCAAGUCUUAAUGAAAGUUAAUAUUAAUAGAGGCCCCAUGCUCCGGGCUUCUCCAACACCUCAUCUUCCCCUCGCACUUCCACCUCCUCCACGCAAGCCCCCUUUCUCGGGGAAUUCUUUCAAAACUGCAGAUGGGACUUGUACUUUGGGGUAUAUUCAGGAAACAAGGACACGUGGGCCACAUUGUGUCGAAACCACAUCCUCCUCCAGUUCCCAUCAGCGCGGAGGGUGGCAAAGGUCGAGCGUGCACACAGUAGCUGCCCCACAGAAGCCGCGCUGGCUCCAAAGCCGUCCAGAGAUAAGGGCGGGGGCGAGGCGGCAGGCUCCCCGGGAGAAAUGCCUGCAGGAAAGAACAGGCUGAACGACUACCGAGAGGCGGGGAGCAAAAUUUACCAGUGUUCAACAGAUACUUAAAAAAAGGCAGCAAACCAAUACUGUACAAAGAAUACCUAACAAUAUCAAGGUCACUGUUCCCUAAUGUGUGGGUGGAUUCAAGCCUACUGACUUACCCACAGCAAAGUCUAGUUUGGUUUGAGCUAAGGGCUUGCACAAACAAUUCCUUCCAAGAAGGUUAAAACAAUGCGGAGAUGUGUAAAGAAAAAAGUUAAUAACUUCUCCAUCCUUUCAAUUCCAUCCCUCUGUUAACAAUUUUAACACUCAUUGAAUGUCAUUUCGAGAAUUUUUCUGUGCUUACACAAAUAUGUAUCACAUUUAUACUCUUGUUCUUCCUUUUUUGCCCUUAAAAAAAACCAAAAACGACGUCACACUUCACUCUGCGACUUGCUUUUAUCAUUUAAUAAUAUAUCAUGGGCAUUUCCCCAGAUCAUUACACACAAAUCACACCAAUAUUUAAAAUGCCUAUUGCAUUAUGUAAAUAAAGAUAUAAUAGAAUGUUA